UUGCAUGUCUUACGUAAAGGGAAACACACUCUUGUUCUGCAUGUGUUAAACAUCUCCUCUUAGUGACACAUGUAAUCAGACAUGUGAUGUUCUCUUUCACAGACCCCCCACAGACAUCAGUGUCCAUCAGUCCCCCUGGUCACAUACAGGAAGGCACAGACGUGACUCUGACCUGCAACAGCACAUCUGAUCUACCAGUGAAGAGCUACAGCUGGAGCAAAUCUGGCCAUAGAGACCUGGGCACUGAAAAAAAAUACACCAUCAAACACUUCAGACCUGAAGACAGUGGAUGGUAUGACUGUAGGUCAUUGUAUGAAUGUGGCUUCCGAGACUCAUCUACUGUGCACCUCCAGGUUUCAUACCGUCCAAAGAAUACAGUGGUUGUGAUUGAGCCUCCUGGGCAGAUAACUGAGGGAAGCAGAGUGACUCUGACCUGCAGCACUGAUGCCAACCCACCAGCACAUGACUACAGAUGGUUCAAGAAAGGGAGGAACACACAUCUGAGCAACAGUGAGACGUUAUCCUUCAGUCCUGUCCGCUAUGAGGAAAGAGGAGAGUACAGCUGUCAGGCCACUAACACUUAUGGUUCCACCGCCUCUCCAUCUACAUCACUGCGUGUUUUAUAUCCUCCAAAGAACACAAGAAUCGAGUCUGAUCCAUCUGGUGAAAUAAUUGAGGGAAGCACAGUGACUCUGACCUGCAUGAGUGAAGCUGACCCACCAGUACAGACGUACACCUGGAUCAAGAAGAGUGGAGCUGUACAACUGAAGUCAGGAAAGGAGAAAACACUCAUCUUCAGCAAGAUCCGUUCUGAGGACCGUGGAGAGUAUCUCUGUCAAGCAGCCAACAGGAUUGGUCAACCGGAUUCUUCUUCUAUGUUUAUCCAGGUCUUAUGUGAGUAUCAUUGUAAAUCAACACCAAGUAAGAUUCACUGAUUGGCAUCGGUGCAUCAGCAUAAAAGUUCAGGAUGCUAUUGCCCCAAUGAUAAAACUAUACACCGGAUGCAAUUUUGGAUUAAGUUUAAGACAAUUAUUUCAAGUGCCAAGAAAGAGGCAUAUGCUUAAAAAAAAAUAAAAAAAUUCAAAUGAAGCAACUACAGGGAAAGACAUUGUUGAGUUAACUGGAGCAUAACUGUAAUUUCAUGUUAUAUAUGGACAUUGUUAUGGUUUGCAGAUCCUCCAAAGAACACAAGAAUCGAGUCUGAUCCAUCUGGUGAAAUAAUUGAGGGAAGCACAGUGACUCUGACCUGCAUGAGUGAAGCUGACCCACCAGUACACACAUACACCUGGAUCAAGAAGAGUGGAGCUGUACAACUGAAGUCAGGAAAGGAGAAGACAUUCAUCUUCAGCAAGAUCCGUUCUGAAGACCGUGGAGAGUA